GUUGCAGGCUACAUGUCAGUCGACGGGACAAGCUUGGACCAAAAACCAACGGACGGCGGUUCACAAGUUCAGCAGAACAAGGCAGAGACAUGUCUUUUAUAUUUGACUGGAUCUACAGGAGCUUCAGCAGCGUCUUACAACUAUUAGGGUUGUACAAGAAGACUGGCAAGCUGGUGUUCCUUGGACUAGACAAUGCUGGGAAAACAACACUCCUGCACAUGCUCAGAGAUGACAGACUAGGACAGCACGUGCCAACACUACAUCCGACAUCCGAGGAGCUGACCAUAGCUGGAAUGACAUUUACGACGUUUGACCUCGGAGGUCAUACACAAGCACGAAGGAUCUGGAAGAACUACCUCCCAGCCAUAAACGGUAUAGUCUACAUGGUGGACUGCGCUGAUCAUGAGCGACUGGUGGAGGCUAAGAUUGAACUGGAUGCCCUGUUAACAGAUGAAACCAUCUCCAACGUACCUGUUCUCAUCCUGGGGAAUAAGAUAGACCGUCCAGAGGCCAUCAGUGAGGAUGCACUGAGGGGAAUGUUUGGUCUUCAUGGGAAUACAACUGGAAAGGGCAAAGUGUCACUGAAGGAGCUGAAUUUGAGGCCAAUGGAGGUUUUCAUGUGUAGCGUGCUGAAGAGACAAGGAUAUGGAGACGGUUUCCGCUGGCUCUCUCAGUAUAUUGACUGAUUCACGUUCUUUUAGUAACCGUAACCAGAUUUACCAUGCUGUCUGUGUACACAGAAACAUGUUCCACACAAAGCUACCUGCCAUAGGGAGAUAGAAUAUACUGUAUUUAGGACUUUGACUGUGCCAGUAGGAAAUGUGUUUCAGGUAGUUGUUUUGUGUUAAUAUAUCCUGUGUCUUCUUCAUGCGCUCAAAGAAAUCUCAAUGUCAUAUCAAUCAUACUACAGCGAGUCAGACAUAAGUUAUUAAUCAACAGACUGUAUUAUUCAGAUUGAGUUUGGAGGAAUAAUCUUCAUGUUGUGGUUUCUACCUUCACUUAAAGCCUGAAGGAAAUUCUGUCUGCCAUAUAGAACAUGUCAUCGCUGUGAACCAGUUUCUGACCCGGGUUUAUUUUUAGGUGUUGGUGUUGACUUACAGUGAAGGUCAUUUGGGUUAACAUUCUGUGCUUGGAAUUACUCUUCCUUGACUGAGGAUGAACAAAACUCUGUUGGCACAGAUAAGACAUUAUAUCUGUAUAUUUAUACAAUUUCUUUCAAAUGAGUGGGAAAUUUGAAGUUCCAUCAAUUUUUUUCCAAGAACAAAACAGUUUUUUCUAGAAAGUGCUGCAGUGAUUUAGUGCCAUAUUUUUUUAAUGGGAAAAGCAUUAACACAGUAGAGUGCUACCUCCAAGGAUACUGACAUUUUUUCUGAUUGCAUGUUUUUUUUUUUGUUUUUUUUUAAUCAAUGAAGGGUUUACCACUACAGGCCAAUUACAUGAAUGUGACCACAAGUGCAUUAACUUACAUUUUGCUGUGAGGAGUUUUAUUUAAUACCACAGAACCGUGUUAAAUAAUUGCAGUACAUGUUAACUGCAUCAGCACAGCCAGGUGAUGUAACAAGCUCGUACUUGUCCAGAGUGAGGAUGCUAAACUACCUGUUUUCAUGAUGGUUACUUGCUGUGAAAUGACUUGAGUACUUUGUGAUUAGUCGCUGCUCACAAUGCAGUGAUAUUAUGAGAGUACUUGAGUGGUGCUUUAAAAAAUGGCAUGCAAAUAUAUGCAUGAAAUUACCCGUUAGUGCAAUAUUAUACAUUAUUUUGUAUAUAAACUGUUAUUUAUAUUUUGCAUUAAGAUUGGCUUGCCUUGUUACAUCAAGCACUGAGCUCUGAAGUAAUAUACCUGUUACAAAAAGUAGGUCAUAUUGUUAUUAAACGUGUGCAGUUUGAGCAUAAUAAAUA